UUAAAUGUGUGCCAAUCCGUACAAAUAGAUUAUAAUAGCCCUCAGGUUCAGACAGCUUAUGGGCCCAUAAGGGGUAAACCAUACCCUUAUUCAACCACCGGUACUGCCGGUCAGAAACAAGUGGUGGCUUUUAUAGGUGUUCCCUACGCCCGGCCACCCACUGGUUACGAUAGGUUUAUGCCGCCCCGUAAUCCCGACCCCUGGACAGAGCAAAAGGACGCCACAAACUAUAGGGUAAAGUGUCCGCAAGUGGAGGACAGGUUUGAAUACACGCCCACCGAAGACAUCAUUGAAAGCGAGGAUUGUCUGUAUCUCAACAUAUAUACCCCCGUAUUUCCAAACCAAUUUCAAGCUAACCUCCCGGUGCUCGUAUACUUUCACGGGGGAGAGUUUAAGUAUGGUGGUAAAGACUUUUUUAAACCAGAUGUUAUAUUGGAGGCCGCCAUGGUAGAUAGCCCCGGUGUCAUAAUCAUUACUGUUAACUAUAGACUCGGAGUUUUAGGUUUUAUUAGUACGGAUGACAUUAAUAUACCCGGAAAUAACGGCAUCCGAGAUCAGGUACAGGCGCUCCGA